ACAAUCGAACGUGUCUUGGCGAGGCGCUGACAACUCAGCCUUGUAUUAUCUUAGAGUACUAGGGAUAUAUACCUGGACAGUCUGUGAAUGGUUAAGUUACAUAGAGUACUAGGGAUAUAUACCUGGACAGUCUGUGAAUGGUUAAGUUACAAAGAGUACUAGGGAUAUAUACCUGGACAGUCUGUGAAUGGUUAAGUUACAUAGAGUACUAGGGAUAUAUACCUGGACAGUCUGUGAAUGGUUAAGUUACAAAGAGUACUAAGUGCAUUAUCUGGAAGGCAGUGACGGGUGAAUUUCCGUUGAGAACUAGGGAUAUGUGUGGACAGACGGGUUAAGUUACGUUGAGUACUAAAGAUAUAGCUGGCUUUGGAAGGUUAAUACCGUCAGAGAGAAAAGAACUCUAACGAAUCCUUGGCCAAAGACAGCUGUGGACGAGUUAGGGAUCUAUGUACUACAGCUGUGGACGAGUUAGGGAUCUAUGUACUACAGCUGUGGACGAAUUUGGGAUCUAUAUACCUCAGUGUGGACGAGUUUGGGAUCAAAGGCGACGAAUCUGUAGAGCGAUACGUUUGGACAGAAUAGUUAUCUGUCCAGUGAUAGUGUGACGAGUUAUCAGCCCUAACACUUUGUAUUACGUACGGGUAGUCUGGACGGUAGCUGAUAUAGUCGGAUAUAUGCUGAUUGGUCGGCCAUUGAUCAUUAUUGUAUCACAACUUACACCGAGAUGUGAUCAAAUACCCCGGACGUUAAUUUAUGGAGAAUAGCUUACAGGCAAACUGAUUUGUAAAUGUUUGGCCAUUUGGUCAAACAAAUGUUUUAAUGGACCUCUUGACGUAAAUCAAACAAGCUGGACGCUCGCGAUAAUACUGGUUUAAAGGGCACGCGCGAUAUUGUGUACCAAGUCGAUGGCUUGUUGAUGGCAGUAACGUCGUGUGUAAUGACUAACCUGUAAAAGUCACAUACUUGGGCUUCAGAACGUUAUUGUUGAGACGCCUUGACGGAGACAAUAAGCAAUUAAUGCUUUACAGUAACAUAUACUAUUGGAUGACUAUGUGAAUGCCGGUCGAUGCUCGGGUAAAUACCAAUACAAUGGGACCAUUCCACGACCAAAGUCAGAUAAUGGAAUUCCUAGACGAGUCCAUAGCCGGCUCGUCACUUAGAGGCAGCCCGAACAUGUUUGAGGAAGAGCAGUUGAGAUUGGAAUCUGCUUUUUCCGAGUUCAGUCUUGACGAAGACAACACGGAUGAGGGUCGGUUAUCCCGGGCGUUACAAUCCUGGAUGCCAGAUCAUCAGUACUCCAGUAUCAAACCGAUAGAGAAACCCCGAAUACAGCCUAUAUACAGCGGACGUCUCGGGGAACAUAAAUAUCUAAAGAGGUCCUCCAGUGAGGACUCUAUCGUUACCAAACUAUCUUUGUUUUCAUGCUCCACGGACCAUGACCACUAUGAGGAGGAUGUGGCGACCAUACGGAAAAAGAGAAGAAAAAAGAAGACAGUCACUUCCGCAAUUAAGGAAGACACUCUUACGUGGGAAAAACUCGCGGAGACAUACAGAAAUAAGAGAGGUGCUUUCACAAGCUUCAUGAAAACCCAAAACGCGAUAACUAUGGAUAUAUUUACGGGACAAAUACCUGAGGAGAGUGACAUUCAAAAGCUUAUGAAUCCCAAGGAGAGGGCUUCAAUGGCUCGGGUUGGUAAAACUCAAGGGAUUCAACUGGCGGUCAACAAUACGAAAAGUGGUAGCAUGACAAACAUUGAUGAGUCAGGUCGCCCAACGGUGAUGUCGUCAUCUAAGGUCAAAAGAGGCAGAGUAGGGUCCGCGGGCACGAAACCAACGAGUAGAGCUAUUAAUCUAGAGGAAAUAAGACAGCAGCGUGUCAACGAGAAACUAGCUCAGUUACAAAAAGCGAGAAAUAAGAGGUCCCUAGCUCUCAGGAAGCGGACAUCUAUUCCAAGGAAGAUGUCUUUGGCGUCUGAUGUUAGCUCCGAGUUUGCUCCCAACACCCCGUCGGCUCGGUCUUUAUCGCCGGAACCGGAAGAGAGGGUGUCUGUGUGGAAAGGAGAUCGUGAAAUCUUAGAAAUGGAUUUACGGAAGGGAUUAACAGACCGUGCGACAACGAGGAUCAAACACACAACUGCAGCAUUAGAGCGUGUCACUGGGUUCGGGGAGGAGAAUGAAUUCCAACGUACUGUCGGGAGACACGAGGAAUUCCCAUUUCAUAUAACAGAUGACUAUGGAUUACAUCCAAAAAUUGUACAAAGGAUUCGUAUUUCUCCUCAGCUUAGCCACGUCAUACAGACUGAUAUUAAAGUGAGAAUGGGUCGUCCGCGAUAUCACGAGAUUCGGGUCAGGGACAUGGAUAUUUGGAACCGGGGUCAGAAACUUGACCGAGGUCAUACCAACUUGAAGGUUUUUAACUGGUUACAUAGUUUGCGCGAGGACCUGUUUGAGAAGGACAUAGAGUGUGUAGUAGAGGAUAGCCUUCCCACUCGUCAGGAUGAGGUCGGGAUUCUCCACGUGGAGUCGGCGGACGAACCCGACAUUUCGCCGCUAUAUCUAAAAACGUUUAGAUAAUGUUUAGAAGUUUAGGGUGUCGAAAAUGUACAAGUAAAUUGUUCAAGCACAUUACACGUCCAUGAAGGUAUGUGAUGCUUCAUUCUACUGGUGGUUUAUCUUACUUAACCUGAUAAAUAUAUCAGUUUGUUCGAUUACUGACAUACCUUAAUUUGUUUUCCAACAUAUUUUCUCUGAAGAUAAGCUGUUUAUGAUUAAGUUCUCUAAGGAUUAGAUGUUUAUUGCUUAUUUUCCCUAAGGAUUUGCUCUUUAUGGCUUAUUUUCUUUAAGAUAAGCUGUUUAUGGCUUAUGUCCCUUAACGUUUGCUGUUUAUGGCGUAUUUCCCUUAAG